AUGGAAGACGGUCCCUGCGUGGAGGAACUGCACGUGACCUAUGAAUCUUGGGCUACAAUGGUUGUGAGACAUUACAGUGACGAGAGGCUGGAGAUCGAGUGGACAGUUGGCCCGAUACCGGACAACUAUGGGGUUGAAAGCCGAGAGGUUAUUAUUCGGUACUCGGUUGUUGGAGACGCUCCUGAACUCAGACCAGCCACUAAA